UAGGCAUGCCCCAUUAUGUGGGGAGAGGGGACAGUAUAUCUACCCCUUUGUGUUCAGCUUCAUCACAAAGCACCCGGGAUUCUGUUUGGUCCUUAUCAGCAAUACCACCGAAACAUGUCACCCAAGAAGGCGAAGAAGAGAUCCAACGGAGCCGGCUCCAAUGUGUUCUCCAUGUUUGAACAGGCCCAGAUCCAGGAGUUCAAAGAAGCUUUUACUAUCAUGGAUCAAAACAGAGACGGUUUCAUUGACAAGAAUGACCUGAGAGACACUUUUGCAGCUUUAGGCCGUUUAAAUGUCAAGCAAGAAGAGAUUGAUGAGAUGCUGACGGAGGCCCCAGGACCGGUUAAUUUCACUGUCUUUCUCACCAUGUUCGGAGAGAAACUAAAAGGUGCUGACCCGGAGGAGACCAUCCUCAACGCUUUUAAAGUCUUUGAUCCUGAUGGGAAGGGAACGUUAAAGAAAGACUUUGUGACAGAGAUGUUGACCACCCAGGCGGACAGGUUCAGCCCGGAAGAGAUGGAACAGAUGUUUGCCGCCUUCCCACCGGAUGUAGCAGGAAACCUAGACUACAACAAUCUGGUCCACAUCAUCACACACGGCGAAGAGAAGGACCAAGAAUAGAUGACUCCUGAGCAUGCAGCUUAGGUUAUGGU